GUUUUUUUUACAAUGGACCACGGAGGAGAUCAUGGAGGAAAGAAGCGUAGAAUGUGGAUGUGGUUUCAUACGGUAACUAAUGAUACGCUCCUCUUUCAAGACUGGUGGAUACAAGACACAAAAACUAUGAUAUGGUCCUGUGUAGUCAUUUUCGUACUUGCUAUUGUGUUGGAAGCGCUAAGAUGGCUCCGCUGGGUUGCUCAUGUGCGAAGAAUGGAAGAAAAAACAUGGUGUUCACAUUUGCUCAACACUUCUCACUAUGUGGACACGCUGCUCUUCUUUGCACAUUGUGUGCUAGCUUACGUUCUUAUGCUCGCUUUCAUGACAUUCUCCUUAUGGCUAUGUCUAUCUCUUUGUUUAGGAUUAGCAGUUGGCUAUUAUAUUUUUGGCACAAAACGCUUUAAAAUCUGUGAAUAAACAUUUUGAUGUUGUA